AUGACGUCAUCCUGGACCAUCCAGAACCGUCCAGGACCAUCCAGGACCAUGCAAGACCACCCAGGACCAUCCAUGACCAUGCAAGACCACCCAGGACCAUCCAGGACCAUGCAAGACCACCCAGGACCAUCCAGGACCAUGCAAGACCACCCAGGACCAUCCAUGACCAUGCAAGACCACCCAGGACCAUCCAUGACCAUGCAAGACCACCCAGGACCAUCCAUGACCAUGCAAGACCACCCAGGACCAUCCAGGACCAUCCAGGAUCAUCCAGGACCAUCCAGGAUCAUCCAGGACCAUCCAGGAUCAUCCAGGACCAUCCAGGAUCAUCCAGGACCAUCCAGGACCAUCCAGGACCAUCCAGGACCAUCCAGGAUCAUCCAGGACCAUUCAGGACCCUCUAUGACCAUCCAGAACCAUUCAGAACCAUCCAAGACCAUCCAGGACCAUCCAGAACCAUCCAGGAUCAUCCAGAACCAUUCAGAACCAUCCAGGAUCAUCCAGGAUCAUCCAGGACCAUCCAGGACCUUCCAGGACCAUUCAGGACUAUCCAAGACCAUCCAGGACCAUCCAGAACCAUCCAGGAUCACCCAGGACCAUCCAGAACCAUCCAGGAUCAUCCAGGACCAUCCAAGACCAUCCAGGACCAUCCAGGACCAUUCAGGACCAUCCAGGAUUCUCCAGGACCAUCCAGGACCACCCAAGACCAUCCAGGACCCUCCAGGACCGUCCAGGACCAUCCAGGACCCUCCAGGACUCUCCAGGACCCUCCAGGACCAUCUAGGAUUACCCAAGACCCUCCAGGACCAUCCAGGACCAUCCAGGACCUUCUAG